AGGAGCACAGCAGCGCGCACAGCACCGCGCAGCAGCGCCACACAGCCGUAGCCUGGAGCCGAGCUGCAUCUCCGUGAAGCUCUCUCUCUUAUACACUCAUACACUCACAUACACACCACAGGACAAGCGGUUUACACAUGCGGGAAAAAACGGUUAACAAAAGCGCAGGAUUCCUGAGUGUUUGACUCUAACCUGCGCUCCCGAUCCGAUCAUCUCACAUUCAGGAAAUACUGCAAAGGUGGAAGAGAAGCGGCUGCUGGACCUCACCGAGAGGGACAAGGGUUUCUGGUAUCGAUGAUGAACCCAGCCAUAAAGUGAGAUGUGAUUGUUGAUGAGGCCGAGGUGCGAGGCUGGAGAUCCAGGCAGAGGGCAUGAUGGUCAUGUCAGGGUGGAUGAUUCUGCCCAUCAGCCUGCCCGUCCUCACCAUCACCGGCAUCUGGGUUGUGUAUGCCAUGGCCCUUAAUAACCAGCAUGUUUGUCCUGUGGAUAACUGGUUAUAUAAUCAGUCAUGUGAGGAAGAUCUGCCCAUGCAGAGGGGACCAACGCUAUGCUGUACUCUGGACAAUGUGCCUCUAAUCAGUAAGUGUGGCACACUACCUCCAGAGAGCUGCUUCUUCAGCCUUAUCUGUAGCACAGGAUCCUUCAUGGUGAUGGUGAUAGUUUUGCUGCAUUAUGCUCAUGUUAUUGAAAGGCGCCAGAACUGUGUGUUAAACACAGCAAGCCUCUCCACUGGCUGGAUCUGCUCUGUAGGGCUCAUCAUGGUGGGCAACUUUCAGGUAGAUAAUGCAAAAGUGUUGCACUACGUUGGGGCCGGCGUAGCUUUUCCCACCAGCGUACUGUUUGUGAGUGUGCAGUCUGCACUCACUUAUAAACUUGCCAAAACUCAGGGUGAGUACAAUAUGGGCCAUCUGCGUCUCAUCAUGACCCUGCUGGCCUUCAUAGCCCUGGUGCUAAGUGGAGUUUUUUUCGUCCAAGAGAGUUUUGUCCUGCAGCAUGCCUCAGCCAUCUUCGAAUGGGUCUUCUGUGUCAUCAUCAUGCUAUUUUAUGGCACAUUUGCCUUUGAAUUUGCCAGUAUCUCCAGUAACACCAUGAUGGUCCUGGCAAGAGGAGGAGCCUUAGGUAGCAACAGCCAAGAUCACAAAAUGGAGUCCCUUAGUGGAACGAGUCAGCACCAGCCUGAGAACAUGUCCAUGCUUUAACCUCAUGGAGGGGGAGUUGGCAAAGGCCUAUGCAACUCUCUCUCUUUCCCUGUUUUUUAUACACAUACAAGUACAGUAGGGUACAGAGGAAAUCUGGCUUACUUCUGUUCUUACUUUUGCCAAAGGACUUGCACACAUUUUUGCACAUUGUUGAGACCAAAUAAUUGUUAAUCUUCGGUGUCAUUAUUUUUCUAGCCCAUAAACAGAAUAGCUGUAAUGUCUAAAAAAGCAGUGUUAUAUAGACUAUGUGGACUAAUGUGGGAUGUCUAGAGGCUUUGUGAAUGUUUUGGGUAAUGGAAUUGUGUCGAUGCAGCCUGUAAUAAUGUAAUAAUGUUAGUAGUCAGUAACACAUUCCUCUAAGCUUGGCUGGCCACUGACACAAUUCAGUGCCAAUUCGAGUUCUUUCAUGACAAAACCAGAAAUGUUGAAACAAACAACUAAAUUUAUUUUUGCCUUUUAUAUUUGACUAUAUUUCCUAUAUCUAUGCCUUUUAGUUACCUUUGAUAUUCUCAAGCAGGGGUGGUUUUUGCUUUUUGCUCAUUGCAUAUUCUGUUCAGGGCGACUAUCAUUACCAUUGUGCCUUAUCAAACGGGGCCAAGCAAAGCUGUCUAAUAGACACCAUGAAUAAUCUUCACUUCUGUGUUGUUUAUUAUACUGUCAGGGACCACAGUCCAAGGUUUUAGAAGUGUACUUUGUUUUGUACUAUAGAUGUUUCAGAGGAAUGUCAAUAUGUCCAGCAAAAAGUAACUUUACACUUAUGCAGAGCAUUCCCAUAUUUGCUGUAUAUGUGACUUGUUGGUUUGUAAAUGUGAUUAUAUUCUUGCUCAUCUCUGUGCCCAAGGCCAGUAUAUUGAGAUGUGUGGACUGGGAUGUUUGGUGUUUCUGUUUGAUUUGAUUAUGGGUCAGUUUACAUUUCCUGCCAGUGUGGUUCUGAAACUAUUCCAGUUUAAUGGGAACAAUAUAGAUUUUACUUAUCAGAUAUACCAGGUCCUGUUUCGUAUAAAUUUCUCAAAUUGUUAAAAAAAAAAAAAAUGUUUUCACUUCCAGGUGAAAUUUCCUUAAGGUGUUAAAUGUGGUUAAUAAAUUAAUUUAAUUGUCAGCUUAAUCAGAACUAAUCCUGUUACUAUGAUCAUAAAUGCACAUGUCACAAAAAUUCUGGUUUUAUAGUCUGACUUGCAGCAGGACUGCAAGUAAAUCUAUUACACAAAAAGCCAUUUUUUAUGUUGAAUGCUGAUUUAAGUGCCAUUACACAGAAAAUCGUGUUACUCCUUCACUGGUUACAUUCAUAGCAUCUGUACAAUUGCUCCAUGUCUUUAUCAACCAAGGGCAAGUCUCGAAAUCUUUGUUUCCAGUUGUGCUUGUUAAACUUUCUAGUCAAAUCCUCAGGAAAAUCUGUUACACCAGCUUGGAGUCUGCUUUUAAUAAAAUUCAGUUGAUUGAGUAUUAAUUGUUGAGUGAAAGUUUUACAGUAAAACUGGCAUACGCUUGAAGCAUAUUUGUCAUGUAAAGUGGACUUUAAGUAUUAAGUAUCUGAUUUGGAAAAUCAGUGGAAUUUCCACUUUUAUGGUCUGUGAGUUCCAUGCAACCAUUUCCAUGUUCAUGGCUUUAAACAUACAGUACCUCUAAUAAAUUUUUGCUUAUCCUCACCCUGUCCAAUACAGGGAGAAAAUCAGAUGGCUAUUGCUUAACUUCGUCCACUUCCUGAGCUAUUGCUUCAACAAAUACAUUCAAAAUCCACUAACACAGACAGCAAGUACAAAUAUACAACCUCAGUGCACUUGUGCAACUACACAGUAUGUCAAAAAUGCGUGUUAAGUUAAAAAAAAAAAGAAAAAACAAAAUAUAUGCUGGCUAUUAAAGGGCACCUUUCUGUGCCUUUUUAAACCAAAGACUGAUUUUUGAGAUAAAAUGAAGAUUAUGUUUUAUUGUACUGUAUAUUUGCCUUUAAGCUGAGCAAAAAUAAAGCAAAAUUUAAAGAAGCUGUUGACGAAG